CCUAGUUCCCGCGAGGCAAGAACCGCCGCCAGCUCGUAAAGUCAAUGUUUGGCGGAGAGUAUCUCGCGAAGGAAGAAAUAGCGAGCCUUCCAUCUUUGACAGGCUGGGGGGCAAAGACAAUCGGUCCGCAAUUGUGCAGAAAGUUCAAAGCUUGGUGGUCGCUCUCCCAGAGGAAGUGCCAGCGGCAAAACAAAUUUUAGAAUCACUGAACCAGGUUCCCAUGGUACAGGAGCACGAACAAACCAAGGCGGUGAUCCCCGCAGAGGAAUCAUUGGUUGCUUUCAUGGUUAAACGGUUCAACGCCGAUAUCCCAGCAGAUGAACCCAAGCUCAAUCUUGAUGAUGACAUGGACGAAACAGAAAUGGUGGAUACCUCUUGCAAUAUGGUUUAUGUGCUCCCUGCUAAGUAUGCCUUACCAGUCGCUGCGCAGGAAUGCGUAGAAGCUGAUGCGAUUGGAGAACAGCAGUUGCAGAUCACUUCAGCCGCAACAACGCAGGUGAAAGAAGCAGUGUUCCUUGAGACUGAAGAUGCUAACAGCAAGGGUUUCUUCAUGAGCUUCACAAGACCCACACCCGCCAUGGUGCAACACAUGCGACCUUUGUAUAUCACAGCAGAAAUUAAUGGGACUAAGGUCUGGGGGGCAAUGUUUGGACCCAAAAUGAGCAUUUUGGCUUGACAAGGCACGUCUUGGAGAAAUUGAGCCAAUGUCAGUGGCUCAAGCUAUAUAUUGUCGACAAGUUCGAAAUAUAUAUUUAGAGGCUAAAUAAAGCCUACUAUGGAAGCAUGGAAGCAUGAAAAGUCAACUUUAGCACAUUUUCCUACUUCGGCUAGGAGAAACCGAGCUAAACAAGGAAGGAGGGGCGGAAGACUAACCAAAUGAAAUUCAAAUGAGCUAAAACUGUCCAGAUUAAAUCUAGACAUCCCAAGGAUCAUUUCUUAUGAAGAGUGCCAGAG